CCCACAGCGCCACUGGGUGCUGCAUGUUGGGGAGCAGGAGCGGCGCCCCAGCAAUGCAAUGUUUACAAAGAAACAUUAUUAAUGUGCAAUAUGCUCCUCCUGUUGUUUCAAUAAGAUCAAGGCGUGUACAGGAGAGCAAAUGUGUGUAUAUACAUGCGCACACACAAGCACUCGCUGCGGCUGGUGCGGGGUAUCGCUCGGCACAGGAUUAUUCCAGCCAGGCUGAAGUCAAUACUGCCAAAUACAGUAUACGUCCCGUCUUGCCCACAGCAGUGAGGGAGCUGUGGCAGGCUCAGUGCUUUCCUCCCUCUUGUGAAAGACCUGGGGUGUUCUCAGCACUGUGGGGAGCUCGGGUCCCGAUUGCCUCGGGUCCCAACAGUGCAUGGUCUUGCUGCUGCACCAAGAGAAUUGGAGGGGAGCGACUCCCAGGCCGGCGCCUUCCUCACCACCAAUUCACCCCUCCGUGCUCUGCCCUCACGGCGUGCUGCAGGAGACAGGGGUUCGGGGUAAGAAGAAGAACAAAAAAAAAAAAGAAGAAUAAGAAAAAAAUAGAGCAUGUGAGAUCAUAUAAUUAAAGAUGGUAUCAGAAUGUCUAAUUAGGAUGACUGAGAGAACUUGGCUGGGAGACGCAGCCAAGAGCUGAGUUAGUGUGUUUGCCAGUCCAAAGCUCCUUAACAGUAAUUAAUCCUUAAAUGUCCAAUUGUUCAGAGUUCAAGGAAACACCUCCUACUACUGUACUUUGUGUUCCUGUUAAGCAAGGAGACACAGCAGGGCGUGUGCCCUUAUUCUGUAAGAGCGACACGCCUAGGGGUGUUGUUAGGAACUAGACCGAAGGUUGAGUAUAAUUAUUAACUACCUAAGAGUUCCCAGCAUUGCACAAUUACCCAAGCCGCCUUGCAGCUGUGCUCUCGCCCUGUUUGGGUUUUUCUUUUUUUUUUUUUUUUCCUUUUUAAAAUAGAAAUGCUGAGCUUUAGCAGUGAUAUGUACAAAUCCUACUGAUGUGUCUGUCAUCUGCUCCCCUUCCAGUGUCCAUUGUGCCAGUGAGUUGGGAUGCGGUAGCAGAGGGGAAUGAGGGCAGCACAUAUACCUAUAUACUAUAUACAUACUGUAUGGCAGUCUGUGCCCCUCACUGAAACUCAAUAGGCUUAUUUACAUCAUUUGCAAAUUUGACCCAGAGAUUUUCCCUUUGUUUUGAUGCUGUCAAUGACUCUUGCAUUAACAUAAAAGCCUUGGCUAUUUACUCCGGGAGUUUUCAUUCUGUUUGCAUUUUUGAGGUGAGCUGUGUUGGGGCUUUUUCCCUUUUCUAAUGUGAAGCGAGGGGAAAACCUGGAGGAAAGCAAUGUAGGUUUGGCACGGUCGGUGAGCAGAUCUGUCUGUCCUGCUGCAGAGCUCCUGCCGUGUGGGACCCUGGCUGAGGCGGGCGCUGGGAUGGCUCCGAGAGGGCGUGAGGCGUGGGCGGCUGCUUCAGCAGGGGCUUGAGGAGCACAGGCACCGCUCCUCGGUGCCUUCAGGAAAGCCCAGCUCAGCAGCGGCAUCACAGCUCGCCGGCAGACAGGACGGGGGAUGUGUCAUUUCCUCAGGCUCGUCUCAAUGCAGUUCCACUCAUUGGGGGAAAGAACUGGUGAGCAAGAAGACACAGAGCACCUGGACAGCCCAUGUUUGGCUCCUUUAGCCACAAAACAGGUAAUGCAGAUGAUCAAGAAGAAUAUGUAACACUAGAGGCUCUAAGAAGCUUGCAGUUUUCAUGUGAGCAGGUGAUGUUCCCUGAGACCCGUUCAUCUUCAGUUCAUGCUCUAAGGCCAGCUGACAUUAAAGCAGUCACUGCAAUAGGAAGUUUGCAAAGAACACCAGGAUCUGGUGAAGAUUUACUCCAAAGCACAGGAAAGAACUUCCUUGAACUAAGCGUGGCGACUCUAGCAGCUCUCAUCAGCACCUUCAAUCCCUCGGUCCUGCGUCUGUCCCCUGCGCCUGGCACAGCGGGAGAGACACCGGGCACUCAGGCCAGAGACCUCCUGCAUCAAGCUGAAGAAAUAGUGGAGCUCAUGAAAGUGGAUCAGAUGAUGGACUUCCAAAAUGACUGGAAACUGAUCACAGUCUUUUUUAGUGCUGAAAGCCCAUGUUCCUCCUAUGCUUCCACACAACUGAAGGACUGCAUAUUGGAAAACCUGGAAAAACUUACAGCUGUCUUAGACUUUUUGUAUAAGGAGGUUCCCAAGGCCUUUGUAAAUCUAGUUGAUUCCACUGAGCUCACAACUGCCUCUCUUGCAUGCCAAGAUUACAGUAAUGCCAGCAAUCCAGGCAGGAAUCAGUGCAAUUAUAUUGAACACUCCACAUUACAUGAUUACAUACUGAGGUGGUCCUAUCAGGAUGCUUUGGAAAAACUACUGGAGUCUGAGAGGUUUGAUCAAAAGGAGGACUUCACUGUUGUUCUUCAGCCUUCUCUCCAAGGAAGAAAUCUGCUGCUCAGUCUGGGCAAGGAUGAUUCAAUUACCACAUCACAGACCCAGAUGGAAAUUCUGGAAGAUUAUAUUUUCAUGACUGUGGGCCUCUGGAACAACAUGAUGCAGCCAGUUGGACAGAAGCAGCCUUACGGUGCCACAAAAAUUGUCCAGUGUCCAUCUCAGGAAAAUCCAUAUUUGUUUACGUAUAGAAACAGUAACUACUCAUCUUCCCUGAGGACAUCAAACACCGAAGAAACAUCUCAGGAGAGGAGUUAUGGAACAAAUGUUCCCUGUCCUGACCGGCUUCCCUCUGAUUCGGUUCCAGUUUCAGUUCAUAAUUUGAAACCGGCAGAUAUUCAGGUGAUUGCUGCCCUGGGAGAUUCACUCACAGCAGCUAAUGGGGCAGGAUCCAGACGCCAUGAUGUUCUGGAUGUCCUGACUCAGUACCGAGGUCUUUCUUGGAGCGUUGGAGGAAAUGAGAACAUAAGCACAGUCACCACAUUAGCAAAUAUUCUUCGUGAGUUCAACCCAUCCUUGGUAGGCUAUUCCAUUGGCACUGGAACUCAGAAUUCAAAGAAUGCUGCAUUCAACCAAGCGGUGACCGGGGCUCGUGCAGAGGAUGUUCCUGGACAGGUUAGGAGGCUGCUGGACCGCAUGAAGAAUGAUACUAGCGUAGAUUUCCAGAAUGACUGGAAGCUGAUAACACUUUUCAUAGGAGGAAACGACCUCUGCAAAUUCUGCGAGAAUCCAGAACACCAUUCUCCUGAAAACUACACCUACAAUCUACAAAUAGCUUUGGACUUACUUCACAAAGAGGUUCCACGGGCAUAUGUGAACCUGGUGACGAUGCUUCCCAUAGCGAGCCUCCGGGAGCUGCAUGCUUUGAAAAACAAUAGCUGCCCAAAACUGCUCAUGAGGAUGCUGUGCCCUUGUGUCAUAAACCCUAAGGACAAUUCCAAUGAGUUAAAGAAGUUGAUCUACUUUAACAGAAGGUAUCAGGAGAGAACCCGCCAGUUAGUGGAGAGUGGAAGGUAUGACACGAAGGAUGAUUUCACAGUGGUUAUGCAGCCAUUUAUGACUAAUCUGGAAAUGCCAAAAACACAGGAGGGGUGGCCAGAUGAUUCAUAUUUUGCCCCAGAUUGUUUCCACUUCAGCCAAAAGGCUCAUUCCCAGGCUGCACGUGCUUUGUGGAACAACAUGCUGGAGCCUGUAGGGGAGAAGACAGACAGUCAGCCCAUGGAAGAUGAGAUUGUCCUCAAAUGUCCAUCUGAGGCUGAGCCGUUCCUGAGGACAUACAAGAACAGUAAUUACACGUACCCUAACCAAACUCCAAAUUAUGGAAGCCAGCUGCUAUGUGAGGACAGGUCUCCAUCCUCCCCUCCUGCAACUUCAGUGCAUUCCCUAAAGCCAGCUGAUGUGAAAAUUGUAGCAGCCCUUGGGGAUUCUUUGACGGCUGGUACAGGAAUUGCCUCAGACACCCUCCAGGAUCUGACCACUCAGUACCGGGGACUGUCUUGGAGUAUUGGAGGAGAUGAGUCGUUGGAGAAUGUGACAACUCUACCUAACAUCUUGCGAGAGUUCAAUGUUACAAUCGUGGGCUACUCAACUGGUACCGGGAGUGAGAAUGAUUCCAAUGCAUUCCUUAACCAGGCAGUUCCUGGAGCACAGGCUGAGCACUUGCCAGCCCAAGCAAGACGUCUUGUGAGUCUUAUGAAAACUGAUCAGAGAAUUGACUUCAGUGCUGACUGGAAGCUCAUAACUGUGCAUAUUGGAGCCAACGAUCUCUGCAACUAUUGCAAAGACCCUGAUCACUACUCAGCUGGGAAUUACAUCAAAAGGAUUCAAGAAACUCUUGAUAUUCUGCACAAGGAGGUUCCAAGAGCUCUGGUGAGUCUGGUUGAUGUGGUAGACAUCCUCCCUCUGAGACAGCUAUUUGUUGACCCUCCAGUUCAAUGCCCCACUUACUUGGCAGAUUAUCUGUGUAGCUGUGUUCUCACAGGAGAAGAAAACCCAGAAAAUUUAACAAUGGUGAGGGACGCCAUCAAAGCUUACCAGCUUGGCAUUCAGAGAUUGAUAGAGUCUGGCAGAUAUGACACUCAUGAAAAUUUCACAGUGGUCAUCCAGCCUUUCCUCCAAAAUCUGGAGACUCCUCUUGAUCAGGAUGGGAAUCCAGAUGUCUCCUACUUUGCACCUGACUGCUUCCAUCCAAGCCAGAAAGGGCAUUCUCAGCUUGCCAAGGCUCUGUGGAAUGCUGUGUUACAGCCUGUAGGCCAGAAAGCUGACUCAUUUGAUUUCUCAGCUGACAUCGUCCUUGGCUGUCCAGCUCAGAACAGUCCCUUCCUGGGAACAUACAGGAAUAGCAACUACACACCUGUGGUGCCCACUAGAGAGCCAAUAGAGAAUUGGGGCAGUGAACUGUCGUGUCCUGAUCAUGCUCCAUCCAGUCGUGUUCCAACAUCAGUACAUGAGCUACGGCCUGCUGACAUCAAAGCUGUAGGAGCACUUGGAGAUUCCCUGACUACUGCAGUAGGAGCCAAAGUACCAGACCUGCAAACAGACUGGAAGGGACUUUCCUGGAGUAUUGGAGGUGAUGAGACCCUGGAGAUCCAGGCUACUUUACCCAACAUCUUGAAGAAAUUCAAUCCCAACCUCUUUGGCUUCUCCACUGGCAGUUCUAAGGAAACAGCUGGAUUCAACGUUGCAGAGAGAAAUGCCACAGCACGGGACAUGCCAGCCCAAGCACAUGCAUUGGUGGAGCUGAUGAGAAGCAGCUCAAAAAUUAACUUCAAGGAAGACUGGAAGCUGAUUACCAUCCUUGUUGGAGGCAGCGACCUAUGCCAGUACUGCUUGGACAAGGAAACCUAUUCAGUGCAAAAGUAUGUAAAGCACCUUCAGGACACUCUGGAUAUUUUCUAUAAGGAGCUCCCAAGAGUCUUUAUCAACAUGGUGGAGAUGCUAGAGCUCUCUGGACUGCGUCAAAUCACAGCAAGCUCUUCAGAGUGUGCUUUGACAGCAAAGAAAGUUUGCCCAUGUUUCUUAAAUCCAGAGGAAAAUUCUUCUGAAUUACAAGAAAUUAAGAGAGUUAACAGAGAUUUCCAGGCUGAAGCCUUGCAGCUGAUCAACAGCGGCCGCUAUGAGCAGCGGGAGGACUUUGCUAUUGUCAUCCAGCCAUUCUUCCGGAACACCUUGUUGCCCCUGGAUAGUACCAGCAAGCCAGAUAUGAGUUUCUUUGCUGCAGACUGCUUUCAUUUCAGUGUAAGAGGCUAUGCUGAGAUGGCCAUGGCUCUCUGGAAUAAUAUGCUGGAGCCAGUUGGUGAAAAGCAGACUUACAACAACUUUACCCAUGACAGAUCAAAACUCAGGUGUCCAAACCCUGAGAAACCUUUUCUUUCCACGCGAAGAAAUAGUGGAUUUGGAAAUUCAGAACUCAGCUCGGAGAAAACGGAAUCUUCAGUCCCCUACUGGGCUGUCAUUGUGACUGCAGUAGCCGGGGUCCUGGUGGGUUCUUUACUUGGCUGGGUUGUGUCACGAAGAAGAACCAAGAAGCACCAACGUAAGGCUGACACGGAAAACAACAUUAAAAUAACCUCUCUGUAACACAAGUGGAACAAACAUCUUUUUCUGAUGAGGCUGCUCUCUGCUGUGACACAGAGAGUAGCAGAAUAAAAAAACCUGUUGGAUUUGAAUGAAGCUUCUUGGUUGCCCAAGGAUUUUUGGGCCAAAUAACAUUGAUCAGUAAUGCAUUUUAGAGCUAUCUUCUGCAGACCAGUCAGGUGGAGGAUGAAGUUCGAAGUAUGUUGUGGUUUCACACCAGCUGGCAACUAAGUACCACACACCUGCUCAUUCAGUCCCUCUCAGUGGGAUGAGGAGGAGAACUGGAAGAAGGUAAAACCCAUGGAUUGAGACAGGAACAGUUUUAAUAACGGAAAUAAAGUAAAAUGUAAUAAUAAUAACUAUGAAGAAUAAUAACUAUGAAGUAAUGAAGUGGGAAGUAACAAAAAAGAGAGAGGAAUAAAACUCAAGAAAAACAAG